AUGUCUCUCAGAAGGAAAGUGCUGGCAGCCACCGCCAUCUCUGGGAGUACCUGCCUAGCAUUGGGGGUGUACUUCACGACAGCUGACAUUCAUGCAAUUCCCUUGAACGCGACGGACCCUAUCUUCACUUCCAGGUACUACAAAAGCUACAACCCCAACGACAACCCCAUCAUCCACGACCUGCACAUCCUCAGGGUGCCACUGCAGCGGAUCGACCCUGCACUCCGGGAGGAUCCGAAGAAGCUUCUUGAAAGAUACUGUGGGGGAAUAUGGGCGGGAGCUGGGUUUGCUCCGCAAAGAAUCCUCCGCAAAUGGCUGGAUAAGCCCGAUGCGAAUACACACCAACUUUGGUCCCCUUGCGAGCUUCUACGGUCCGAUUACAGAGUAGGCACUGACAUCGUCGCGGAAUUCGAGGUCAUUGAUCGGUCGUCAAACUCAAUCCUCAUUCGUGGUGGAGAUAAAACCUGCAUUCGCGGCCUCCGUCCACUGGACGCGUUAAUUGAGGUUGCCGCUCGAGUCGACAGGGAGAAUGAUGUUGUCGAGUUUGAGUUCAAGUCGCUCUUCUUUCAGGGCAUUGGACGGACGGACAGGCUUCCGAUGCCAGGGCCGGUGGUGUGGUUGCAUGAGCUUUACGCAAAGAUUUUGUUGAAGUCGGGUGCACAAUAUGUUCUCAAAUAAGCCCCAAAUAGAGCCCAUAAGCAUAGCUAGAUGAACCGAGCGCCAACGCCGCUUCUCUCAAUUUGUAAGGCUAUAUCCUUCCAUGAUAUCCUGCACUACUUCUACAAAGUAUACUUACUACCCGAGAAACACGGCACCAGACAGCUGGGAAGUUCACGCGCAAUGAGACACUUGAACCGCCAGCCUGUGCAAUGACCCGCCAGGAGCACCUUUGGCUCUAGCUUCUUCAAAUCAUUCAUGGUUGCAUUCAACUUGGCAUCAUCUGCAUCGGCCAGAUGGUAUCCGCCCACCACGCAGUACAACGGGGUGUCGUUGCCGAGCUUGACUGCGUCGCGACAGGUGUUGACAAUGCCAGCGUGCCCACAACCGGUGAAGACCACGAGUCCCUUGC